AUGGUAAUCCAAACUUAUUUUUUUUUUUGUUUUCUUCUAAUCUCUGAUGGUUUAAUCCACUCUCUCUUCUCUCUUCUCUCUUUUUUUUAUUUCUCUCUCUUUCUUUUUUUUUUAUUUUUCUCUCUCUUUUUUGGUUUAUUCUCUCUUCUCUCUCUCUUUUUUUGGUUUCUUUCUCUUUUUUGGUUUAUUUCUCUCUCUCUCUCUCUUUUUGGUUUAUUUCUCUCUCUCUCUCUCUUUUUGGUUUAUUUCUCUCUCUCUCUCUCUUUUUGGUUUAUUUCUCUCUCUCUUUUGGUUUAUUUCUCUCUCUCUCUCUCUCUCUUUUUGGUUUAUUUCUCUCAUUUUCUCUCUCUCUCUUUUUGGUUUAUUUCUCUCACUCUCUCUCUCUCUUUUUUGGUUUCUCUCUCUCUCUUUUGGUUUGUUCUCUCUCUCUCUCUCUUUUUUUUUUAUUUUCUCUCUCUCUCUCUCUCUUUUUGGUUUAUUUCUCUCUCUCUCUCUCUCUUUUUGGUUUAUUUCUCUCUCUUUUUGGUCUAUUUCUCUCUCUCUCUCUUUUGGUUUAUUUCUCUCUCUCUCUCUCUCUUUUUUGUUUAUAUCUCUCUCUCUCUCUCUUUUGGUUUAUUUCUCUCUCUCUCUCUCUUUUUUUAUUCUCUCUCUCUCUCUCUCUUUUGGUCUCUCUUUUUGGUCUCUUCUCUCUCUCUCUCUCUUUUGGUCUAUUUUCUCUCUUUUUCUCUCUCUUUUUGGUUUAUUUCUCUCUCUCUCUCUCUCUCUCUCUUGGUUUAUUUUCUCUCUCUCUCUCUCUCUCUAUUUUUUUAUUUCUCUCUCUCUCUCUCGGUUUAUUUUUCUCUCUCUCUCUCUCUCUCUCGGUUUCCUUUUUCUCUCUCUCUCAGUUUUAUUCUCUCUCGGUUUAUUUCUCUUUCUUCUCUCUCGGUUUUUUUUCUUUAUUUCUCUGUUUUUUCUCUUUCUCUCUCUCUGUUUAUUUCUCUCUCUCUCUCUCUCUCUUUUUCUGUUUCUUUUUUCUUUUUUCUGUCUCUCUCUUUUUCUGUCUUUUUUCUCUCUCUUUUUCUGUUCUUUUUUUUUCUCUCUCUUUUUUUCUGUCUCUCUCUUUUUUUUUUUUUUUCUCUCUCUCUUUGUUUUUUUUCUCUCUCUCUUUGUUUUUUUUCUCUCUUUCUUUUUUUUUUCUCUCUCUCUCUCUUUUUUUUUUUUUCUCUUUUUUUUUUUUUCUCUCUCUUUUUUUUUUUUCUCUCUCUCUUUGUUUUUUUUUUCUCUCUCUUUUUUUUUCUCUCUCUCUUUUUUUUUUUCUCUCUCUCUUUUUUUUUUCUCUCUUUGUUUUUUUUUUCUCUCUCUCUUUUGUUUUUUUUUUUCUCUCUCUUUUUUUUUUUUCUCUCUCUUUAUGAUUUUGUCGAUCAAGGAGUGUCACAGGGUACUUUUGGCAAACCAGAUUGGUUUAACAUUGUCAAGGAUGAAUACUGGGCUUGUAAAGAAAGAGUGUGUAUUAUUGACAUGUCUUCGUUCUCCAAGAUUGAAGUUAAGUCAGCCCAUAAUGAAGCAGUGGAUUUUUUGCAAUAUUUAUGCUCUAAUGAUGUGGAUCUGGAAAACGGUGCUGUUGUCAAUACUGGGAUGCAGAAUGAGUUUGGUGGUUAUGAGAAUGACUGCAGUGUUGCUCGUCUCAGUGAUAACUAUUAUUUCUUGAUCUCCCCAACAACUCAGCAAACAAAAAGUUUGGCUUGGAUGCUGAGGCAUUUACCAAAAGAUGGUUCUGUCCAAAUUCGAGAUGUCACCUCUAUGUAUUCAGCUAUCACACUGAUCGGGCCUCAUGCCCAAGAGCUUUUGGCAGAGGUCACAGAAGCUUCCACAACAAAAAGUGAUUUCAAAUUCAUGACUUGUAAGGUUGUAGACGUGGGAUAUGCUAGUGGCAUCCGAGCUAUGAGACUUACACAUGUUGGAGAAGAUGGCUUCAUCUUGUACAUUCCAGCAGAGUAUGCCCUUCAUGUUUAUGACACACUGAUGCGCGCUGGAGUCGAUUACGGGAUCCGAAAUGUUGGUUUUAACUGCAUGAAGGAAUUGAGAGUUGAGAAGUUUUUUGCCAGUUGGGGAGUGGAUUUGACAACGACCACAUCGCCAUUUGAAUGUGGACGAGAAUUCCGAGUCAAGUUCAGUAAAGGUGACUUUAUUGGCAAGGAUGCUUUGCUACAGCAACGAGAAGGUGGUGUCAAACAGAAAUUGGUCCAUUUUCUUCUCGAGGACCACAGCAUAGACACAGACCUUUGGCCCUGGGGUGGAGAACCGAUCUACCGCAAUGGUGAAUAUGUCGGAGAGACCACAUCCAGUGGUUACGGCUACACGCUCGAACAAAUGCUUUGCCUUGGCUUUGUUUCAAAAUUUGACGAAAAUGGCACACCAGUCAUCAUGAAGAACAUUAACGAAUUUAUUCUGGAUAAAAAUGCCAAAUAUGAAAUUGAUAUUGCUGGGAGGAGGUUUCCAGCAAAGGUUGGAAUUUAUACCCCAAAGAGUGCCCUGGCCAUUUCUGAGCCUUCUUUUAUUCCUGUCCCCCAUCGUGCCCGAACCUCAUGA